AUGCUAUUUGCAUAUUCAGGAAGUAUUAAAUCAAGCUGUGACGAAGUCAAUAAAGAAUUGAUAGCUAUGGAAGUAAUCACAGAUGACCUUCCCAAAGAUAGUGUUUUUCACGAUUUGAAUAUUUGUGCACAACCAUAUGGUACCCAGGAUUGCUGUUCCAAGGGCAUUAAAUACGAACUAUUAAAACGCUCUACUCAAGAAGCAAAUGAUGGCUAUAAAUCAUAUAUUGCAUUCUGUAUUAAGGAGAUGCGAAACCUGUUGAGAAAUCUCAAACAUUUCAUUGAAUUAAAAUUCGUAGAAAUUGGAAGUUCCUUGCUGGAACUCAAGUGCCGUAGCCAAUCUUCUGCAAUGGUCCAUUCACGUUAUUUGGAAUGCCUUCGAAUAUAUAGAGAUGGUAUAGUUGAAGCUGCUGAAAGUUUUUCUCGAUCGAGAUCGCCAAACAAUGACACAUUUGACGAUGCAGCCAAAUUUCUCUUCAACCUUGUAAUUAGUCUACAGAAUCCCAAUAAUCAAAAGAAUUCAAGGUAG